AUGCUCAAGUGUAUCCCCCUGUGGCGGUGCAAUCGCCACGUAGAGUCUGUGGACAAGCGCCACUGCAACCUGCAGACUGUCCCAGAUGAGGUAUACCGCUACACCCGGAGCCUGGAGGAGCUGCUCCUUGAUGCCAACCAACUCAAAGAACUCCCCAAGGUAUGCUUUUCACUGCUGAGGCACCUGCUGAGGCACCUGCUGAGGCACCUGCUGAGGCACCUGCUGAGGCACCUGCUGAGGCACCUGCUGAGGCACCUGCUGAGGCCCCUGCUGAGGGGAGGCAGGGGCCUGCAUCUGAUCUGA